AUGGAUUGGCCGGUCGAGAGAUCAAGUCUGGACAACGAGCACCAGACAAAGACGUCAAGCAAAGGAAACGAGGUGGCCGUCGAGGGAAUCACCGGUAGUCGUGGAUGGGAAUGCCUAUCUCUCAUCGAGACCAGAGCAAUCCUGCAGCUUGUGUCCUCCAUUUCGAACCUCCCUUCCCUCAUUAAAGAGAGCAUCACCAUGACGGAGAGCGAGUUGACACCCAAAUUCGCCCCGUUCCUGUCGUUCGCAGGAAUUGCUGCAGCCCUUGCUGCAGAAUCACCAAGGCUCACUGAUACAGCGGCCGGAGCGGCAUAUGGAACAGCGAAAGCCGGUAUCGGAAUCGCCGGUGUGGGAACGUUCAGGCCUGAUCUAAUCAUGAAGUCCUUGAUUCCCGUCGUUAUGUCCGGUAUCAUCGCAGUCUACGGUCUAGUCAUUGCCGUCCUUAUCCAGGGCGAUGUCACUGCGCCGACAGGGAGUGAACCGUCAUUGAGCUUAUAUGCGGGUUGCAUGCAUCUGGCGUCAGGUCUGUCGGUCGGCCUCGCUGGAAUAGCUGCCGGAUACACGAUCGGAAUCGUUGGAGAUGCCGGAGUUCGCGCUUACAUGCAGCAAUCCAGAGUCUACGUCGGCAUGAUUCUCAUUUUGAUUUUCGGUGAAGUUCUUGGGCUUUAUGGGCUAAUCGUUGGUCUCAUCCUGAACUCGAAGAGUUCGAACUGA